AUGGAGAUGAGCUCUGCCUGGGCCAUGUUCCUGCUUCUCGCAGGUUCCCAGGUCCGAGUGACUCACAGCUGGAAUUUUAGAGAUGAGGGAAAAGGCAUCGAAAGUUAUUUCCUUGCCACCGUGGAGUAUGCCUUACACAUAUUCAACGUGAAGAGCAAGGACACGAAUGCCUACAGGCUGGUGAGCAUCCUGGACUCCCAGAGGGAGGAGGUGGAGACCCUGAUUGCUUUCUCCAUGGAGCUGAAGCUUCGCAGAACCAGGUGUGGGAAAUUUGAUGAAGACAUUGACAACUGCCCCUUUGAAGAAAACCCAGAGCUGAACAACACCUUCAUCUGCUUCUUCACCAUCAGCAUCGAUCCCUGGAGAACAGUGUUUCAACUCCUAAACAAGACCUGCCUGGCGGGGACCUACUGAGUGAUAUCAGGCCCCAGCCCAGGCUCUCUAGCCCCCUCUCUGUCGGUGGCCCUUCCGUGGCGGAGCAGCUCUGAGCUCACUCUGUUCUCUGCCUUGCAAAUAUCUGGAGCCUCACACACGGGCAUUGUGGAAAUUCCUCGGUGCCCAUUUUCUUUCAUGUAGAAUAGUCCAUUAAAC